AAGCCUUCCCUUGAACAAAUCAACCAUUUCCUCCGACCACUUGUUGACGAUCUCUUGCAGUUUUGGCAGCCUGGAGUGUAUAUCAGCCGUACAGCUCUCUAUCCUCGAGGACGGUUGGUUCGUUGUGCAGUCAUACCGUUGGUUUGCGACCUUCCAGUGGCGCGACAGGUCUCUGGCCAUGGCUCGUUCGGUGCGACAUUUUUCUGCAGCUUUUGUAAACUUAAACUCGACGAAAUCGAGAACUUCGAGCGUAGCACAUGGCCCAGACGUGAUGCCAUGGAGCACCGCAGACGUGCAGAACAGUGGAAGGCUGCAGAGACCCCGGAGGCUCGUGCUCAAUUAUUCAAGGCUCACGGCGUACGAUGGUCAGAGCUCCUCAGGCUUCCAUAUUGGGAUUCCAUUACAUUCACGGUUGUCGACACCAUGCACAAUCAGUACCUUGGCUUGCUCAAAACUCAUUGCAAAGAUAUCUGGGGUAUGGAUAUUGAUGUGGAAGAUGGAGACGGUACAUAUGUGCAUGAUCACAAGGUACCGGCAUACCCUUCUGACGCUGAGAUGUCGGAGGGUUUGCGGCUUCUACACAAUGGAUCGAUUGCGAAGCUAGCAAAAUGCACCAAGGCAAUGCUUGCUCAAAUUCACGAGGACAUGCAGCGUACUCAAAUUCCUUCGUGGGUCAAUCCAGCACCAUUCAACAUUGGUACGGAACAACGGGGCAAGCUUCAUGCUGACCAGUGGCUCUCGGCCUGCUCAAUUAAUUUUCCUAUUACUCUCGUGCGACUAUGGGGAAAUGAACGUGAAAGUAGCAGGAAAGCAAGCCUCCUGUCUAACUUUAUGGAUCUUGUGACUGUCGUGACAAUGAGCAGCUCACUCGAGGUGUCAGCUGAGCAUAUUAAAAUCUAUGACGCCUCGUUGAUGCGAUAUCUACGAACAUUGAAGGACCUUUACAAGGAAGCUGCUAUCAAACCUAACCAUCACCUAGCGUUGCACGUCAGUGAGUGCCUACGGGUGUUUGGUCCGGCCCGUUCAAUCAGGACUUUCUUUGCUGAACGGAUGAAUUAUCUGCUCAUGAGGCAGAAUACCAGUGGCAAGUUCGGU